CUCCACUUCACUUCAAAUUUGAAAUUCCCGAAAAAAACCCUCCAUUUUCCUAUCCUCUUCUCUCCCUUCAAAACCCUAUCUGACCCAGCCGCAAUCCUUUCAAAAUCCUUGAACAAUGGCGAAGAAGAAGCCCACGCGAUCGGGGAACGAGCCAAAGAAAGUUCCGGAUCAUCAGGAGGAGAAUAGAGAUUCGGAGCAACAACUACUCAAAUCUGCUGUGGAUGAAUCUGUGGAGAAGUCUCAGUUGCAGAGCUUGAAAUCGUUGAACGAGCGUCUUUUGAAGGAGACACACGAGAAGAGAAAGGAGUUUGGAGCUCUGGUUCAGGCUAAAGAGGGUUUGGAGCUUGACUUGAAGAAGAAUGCGGAUGAGAAGAAACAGGUAAUGUGUGAGUUAAGUGUGGCGUGUGAUGGUGUUUCUGGCUUAGAACUAGAGAGAAAUGUUGUUCAUGUUUAUUUACAGACUCAAAUGGAGGAAAUGGGAGGGGUUAUCUGUAGGUUAGUUGAGAGUGAGAGAGUGAAGAAUGUUGAGAUUGGGAGAUUGAAAGGUGAGAACAAUGGGCUUGUUUUGAAGGUUGAGGAAGAGAGGGAGAAAUGGAUGAAGGUUUGUUGUGAGAGGGACGGGAUUAAGGCUGAUUUUGAUGGAUUGUUUGAGGAAACAGGGGAUUUGAGGAGGAAAAUGGUUGAAAUGGAGAAGAAUGAGAGAAGGGCUUUGGAAGAGAUAGAGGAUUUGAAGGUGAAAUGCAAGAAGUUGUCGGGUGAGAAGAUGGAGAGUGAGGUUAUGAAUGGGAAUCUGUUGAAAGAGAAGGAAUUGGUUAAGAGGUUAUUGGAUGAAUCCGGUAGGGUUAUUGAAGAUUUGGAGAGGAAAGUCGACUUGAAAACGAAGGAGAAAGUAGAGGUUGAGAAGGAAAAGAAAGCUUUGGAAAUGGAGAUUGAGAGGUUAGGGAAGGAAGUGGCUGAGUUGAACGAGAGUUCGUUCGGUCUCAAACAGGAGAAGGAAGAGAAUGGUAAGGUAAUUUCUGAGCUUGUGAAGAGAAUUGAAGAAGCUGUGGAGAAAGAGAGUGGUCUGUUAAUGGAGGUUGAUGGUUUAGUGAAAGAGUUACAGAGGAAGGAGAAAGAUGUAGAGAUGUUAACUCAACAGAGAGAUUCGGUUAAUGUGAAUCUGAAUCGAGUUGAACAGGAGGCUCUGAGUUUACGACGCACAAUUGAGAUAAUCACUCGUGAGAAAGCUAAAAUGGAGGAGGCAAAAGUGGAAGUGGAGAAUGUUGUUGUGGACUUGCAAAGAGAAUCGAGUAAACUGAAAGAAGCUGUGACUUCUUUGACUGAGUCGAGGAGUGUCGAGAAAGCGAGAAAUGAGGAGUUGCUAUCUCAAAUGGGUUGUCUUCGAAAAGCUCUAAACGGAGUUUCGUUAGAGAGGGAUAAGCUUGGUUUGUUGCUCGAGGAUAAGGAGAAGAGGAUUGAAGAAGCCAUGGUUGAGCUUGAGAAAACGAAGACGGCACGGGUGGAGUCGAUGAAUGUAGCGAAGGAGAGGGAGAGGCGGAUCGAGGUCUUGGUUGGGGAAAGGGAUCGGAUGGAGAAAAGCUUGCUAGAAGCGGAGAGUAGGAUCGAUGAACUGAAAGGGAAGGUGAAAUCAGCUGUUGAUGAUUCAGAGAAGGCUUUGGCAUUGUUGAAGGAGACUUGUUUGAGUGUGUGUGAUGGUUAUGAGAAGGAGGAAGGGGAAUCAAAGGCAUUUGUUGAACACUUGGAUGCAAUCAAAGCAUCUUUCAUGAACAAGGAGAAGAUGGUGGGAGAAAUGAAGCAGAGUCUCGAGACCGCCCGAGCGGAGGAACGGAAGAAGAAGAGCUUCUUCACGUUGGUUACUGCUGCAACGACCAUCUUGGCUGCUAUCUCUGCUGCUUAUUUUAGCAAAGGCCGAGGCUGAGACCGAGACCGAGACCGAGGCCGUGGCCGGGGCUGUGGUUUUGUAGGUUAACCAUUUGGUGGAUCAACGUUGAAUUGCUGAUUUGGUAGUUUGAAUGAGAACUAAUAUGAUGAUAUAAUAGUAUAAAGCUUUUAGUAUCAUUUGAAGUACUCUUUUAUGCAAUAGGGGAAAUGGGAGAUGAGCAAUAUUGAAAAUUCAAUUUGCUUUUAA